AUGGGGACCAAAAAAACGAAAAAACUGAAGAAAAUCAUCUUCUAUGCUGAGCGUACAAAGGAUAGACUCCCCUCAGGACCCUCGAGGCAGGAAGUUUUGCAGACUCCAAUCCUUAUGGCUUUAAUGAAGAGUCCUGGGCCCGCGAGGUACCUCCGUCCAUCUUGUACAGGCUUUUUAGGCCAUGAUAUCACUAUGAAGAAAGCACCAGCUUACACUUUCCACAUCAAGCACUCAGAAAAGCGGCAUACUGACGAGUACAGUCCUGGACCUCAGUAUCUCUAUGACUCCAGGGUCACCCGCUUUGGAAUGUCAAGUUGCCCCCAAGUUCCAAUGGAGGAGCGGAUAUCAAACUUACGUGUGUGGACUACACCAGCGCCAACUACAUACUUCUAUGAGAAUGUUCAUCCCCCUGGUGAGCGACGGUCACCCCAGUACACGAUAGGCUACCGCUGUCCUUAUCGCAUAUCGGAUCCUAACCCAGCCCCUAACCAGUAUCCCCAGCCCCAACGGCUGGGCUAUGCCACCCCUGUGAACCAUAGUGCUCCAUGCUAUGGCCUUGCCACCUCUGCUAAUCCAUGGUAUUUCAAUAAAGACAUCUACAAAACCCCUGGCCCAGCCGCACAUGCCAGGCCUGAACCAUCAGUUUACCAGAACCGGAGUCCUAUCCACACCAUGGGUAAGCUCUUUGGCUUCCCCCGUGACCAGAUAAACUCUCCAGGUCCUGGUUCCCACGAUGUGCAAAUGGUUACCCUUCACAAGCCUCAGGUGCCUUCCUUUUCCAUGGGCAUCAAACAUUCCCAUCACCUUACUCCCCUUAUCAUUGAUGUGAAGGACUGA